GGUAGAAGAGAAUAACGUGAGCGUACUUGUCUGUCUGAAAAAUUACCAAUAUCAGAUUAAGAAAGGAGAUAAUAAAACCAAAGCAGAAAUUUUUAGGGGAAAUUUGACUAGUGAAAUUCCCACCUACCACAGAAGACCGCAAGCCAAUUCGUCCUUGCUUGAGGACACUGAGAGUAUUGAGCCCUUUGAGGUCUUUGUUAAAAAUACUGAGGAAAAUGGUUUAGAUUAUCCCAGUAAACUUCAACUCAAUUAUCCCCGCACGGUUAACCGAGUAAGGUUAAAAGAGCAUUUGGGGGUUUUAAGUAGUAAAGCAAUUGGAGAACUAAGGAAAGCUUGGCAGUGCAGAGAGGCAAAGGGCUUAUCGAAGGAGGAAGAUGCAGAAGAAGAUAGAGGCUGGAUUAAGUUCAAACAUAAAGGAGAAACCUACCAAAUAAUUGACACUCCCGGAAUUGGUGACACUAAAUUAGAACAAAGUCAAGUAUUAAACGAAAUAACUAAGGGAUAUGAGUUGGUCGAGGAUGGAAUACACCAAGUCUUAUUUGUGGUUGGUGGACAAUUUACCCCUGAAGAAGUAAUGACUUUUAACACUUUAAAGAGAUUUUUUUUCGAUGAAAAUGCUAAUGAAUAUACUACCAUAGUUCGUACCAGAUUUAAUAAUUUUGAAGAUGAGAAUGAAUGCGAGAAAGACGCUGACUUAUUAUUAUCUAGUUCGUGCGGCAGAAGAGUGAUUCAUGUCGAUAACCCCCCAAUCGACAUUGUUGGUGGUGGUAGAAGAAAAGAAAGACAAAUUGCUCUUAAUAAAGAAAUUCGUGAAGCUUCUAGAGAGAAAUUAUUAAAGUACUUAGACUCAGAAGAAUGGAAAAAAGUUUAUAGGCUUAAAAUCAAAGAGAACAAUAACAAAAAUGAAUUUUACCCAGUCCAAACCAGAGAUCAAGGAACUCAAACUGGAUUAACUGCUCAGCAAAUUACAGAAUUAGAAGAACUAAAAGAACAAAUUCAAGUCCUUGUUAAUAAGUAG